AUGGGGCCAUAUCUAAGUUAACCAAAAAGAGAGAAAGUAACCACGAGUGGAGAAGGAAAGUCUGUAAUAUUUGCAGCUUCGGAAAUGCAAGGGUGGAGAAACACAAUGGAGGAUGCACAUAUUCACAGACCAGAUAUAGUGCAAGAUGUAUCUGUUUUUGGCGUGUUCGAUGGACAUGGAGGAAGAGAGGUAGCAUAAUUCGUAGAGAAACACUUUAUCGAUGAAUUGCUAAAGAAUAAAAAUUUCAAGGAAUAGAAAUUUGAAGAUGCUCUCAAAGAGACAUUCUUGAAGAUGGAUGAAUUGUUGAUGACACCAGAGGGAGCCAAAGAAUUGAACAAUUAUAAGGCCACCGAUACUGAUGAGUCCUAUGCUGGAUGCACUGCCAAUGUUGCUUUGAUUCACAAGAACACCUUGUAUGUUGCUAAUGCAGGAGACUCAAGGUCAGUAUUAUGUAGAAACAAUACAAACUUCGAUAUGAGUGUUGAUCAUAAGCCAGAUAAUAACGAAGAGAAGUCAAGAAUUGAAAGAGCAGGAGGUUUUGUAAGUGAUGGUAGAGUCAAUGGUAACCUAAAUUUAUCAAGGGCCUUGGGAGAUUUGGAAUAUAAGAGUGAUAGCAAAUUGAGACCUAAUGAACAAUUAAUCAUAGCUUUUCCUGAUGUCAAAAAAACAGAGUUGACCCCUCAAGACAAAUUCAUAUUGAUGGGAUGCGACGGAGUGUUUGAAACUCUCAAUCACUAAGAAUUGCUUAAACAUGUCAAUACAACCUUGGGAAAUUCACCUGUCACUGAAAACUUAUUAAGCAAAGCAGCCGAAGAUUUAUUGGAUUAAUUGUUAGCCCCAGACACAAGUUAAGGAACAGGUUGUGAUAACAUGACAACCAUUUUAGUGUAUUUGAAAAAGUGAAUAGGAAAUUAAACAAAAUAAUAUCAAUGUAAUAAUGUCAACA